GCCGGUGUUCAACCCGUUGAGGGCCCAGAUAGCAUUGGGGCUAUCAACCACUCUUGAUUGGUCUAUGAAGAUUAUCUCAUGGAAUUGCCGGGGGGCACUCAAAGCAGGAUUCCGGAAAAGUGUCACGGAUCUUAUAAGGAUUCACAACCCAGCUAUGCUCCUUAUUCUUGAAACAAAAAUUUCUUGUCCUGAUGCUCAAGAGGUAGCUAAUUCUCUCGGCUUCCCCAAGUCUUGCAUUGUCAACUCAUAUGGUCUAGCUGGAGGCUUAUGGCUGCUGUGGGACGACUCUAGACUCUCGGUGGAUAUUCUCUCAGCCAACAACCAAGCAAUUCAUGCAGUUAUCCAGGGUCCGUGGAUGAUUAUUGGGGAUUUUAAUGACGUAGUGGAUCAGAGUGAAAAAUUUGGAAAGAAUGAAAUUCCUCAAACCCGUGCCAGGGCCUAUCUUGAUUGCAUGAAUCAUUGCAAUAUGGUUGACCUCGGUUUUAUUGGAAACCGCUUUACUUGGGCCAACAUGCGGUUCUCCAAUCAACUGAUCCAAGAAAGGCUUGAUAGGGCUUGGGCUAACCCUGAUUGGAAACUUAGCUUUCCUGAAGCCUCCCUCUUUCACCUACCUCAUACUCACUCUGAUCAUUGCCCAAUUUUACUUGAUCUUAAUCCCUCAUGCCCUCGAUCUGGUUCUCGCCCCUUCCGGCUGGAAAAAUUUUGGAUUGAUCACCCUGACUUCCAAAACAUCAUUCAUCAAGUUUGGGUUGACACCAACACUAAUACUGCUAAAAGUGUUGAGCUUACUAUGAACCGUGCUAAAGCAUGGAGCCUAGCUACUUUCGGUAAUAUCUUUAAAAGGAAGAAAAAACUCCUUGCUCGCAUUGAGGGCAUCCAAAAGUCUCAUGCUUAUAACUUUUCAUCCUUCCUUUGGAACUUAGAAAGGGAUCUUCUCCAACAAUAUAAUGAUAUUCUUAAUUGGGAGGCGGAUCUCUGGUUCAUGAAGUCUCGUACUGAUUGGAUUGCUGAUGGUGACAAAAACACUAGGUUAUUCCAUGUCACUACUCUAAAACAUCGAUCUCGAAACAGGAUUUUUGGCUUGUUCAAUAGCCAAGGUAGUUGGAUCACUUAUGGCAGUGGUCUUGCAUCCAUUGCUAUCAAUUUCUUCGCGGAAUUAUUCAACACUUCUCAUACCCACUCAUUCUCCGACUCAUAUGAAUCACUUCAAAGGCAAUUUCAGCCUUCUUAUUGUCUUGAUUCCAUCAGGGGUUGCCCCAGCAAUAAAGAGAUUUGGGAUGCUGUUAACUCUCUGAACUCUUUUAAGGCUCCGGGACCUGAUGGAACUCACCCCUUCUUCUAUAAACGUAUGUGGCCUCUUAUUGGGGAGAAGAUUAGCUGUGAAGUUAGGAAUAUCUUUCUUACUAGGUGCAUCCCCCCUAAAUGGAAUGAGUGCUUACUUGUUCUCAUCCCCAAACUGCAAUCUCCUGGGCAUAUUCAUCAAUUCAGGCCUAUAAGCCUAUGCAAUACUAUCUACAAAAUCAUAUCUAAGAUUCUUGUUCAUAGGAUUAAGCCCUGGAUGGACAAGAUUAUUUCUCCAGGCCAAUCCAGCUUUAUCCCUGGCAGGCAAGGCACUGAUAAUAUCCUGAUCCUUCAAGAGCUUGUUCACUCCUUCUCGAAAAAAACUGGACAAACAGGAGAUAUGAUCUGUAAACUUGACCUUGAGAAGGCCUUUGAUAGGCUGGAAUGGAGUUUCAUUUAUGAAACUCUCCUAUACUUUCAGUUUCCCCUUGAUAUUGUUAAACUUAUCAUGAAUUCAGCUCGAGGAAUUCGGCAAGGAGAUCCACUCUCACCAUACAUCUUUAUCCUUUGUAUGGAGUACCUUUCCAUAAGAAUCUCUGUUGACAUGGAGGCUGGACUAUGGAAAGGCACCAAAUGUGGGAGAAGGGGUCCUUCUCUCUCUCAUAUUUUCUUUGCUGACGACAUCAUCUUCAUUGGCAAAGCUACAGCAGCCAAUUGCCUUCAUCUUAAAGAUGUCCUUCAAUCCUUUUGUCAGAGAUCUGGCCAAAAGAUUAACAAUCUCAAAUCUAAGAUGUUUUUCUCCAAAAACGUUGGCCAAGCUGUCCGAGAUAAUCUCUGCUCCAUUCUUGGAUUUUCCCAAACUGAAGACUUGGGAAAAUACCUAGGUGUCCCUAUCUCAGCCAAGAAACUUUCCCGAAGCAAAUGGCAAUUCAUUAUUGACAAAGUUCGUGCUAAACUCUCUGGCUGGAAGUCUAAAUCCCUUUCCUUUGCAGGACGGACUACUCUCGCUAAAUCAGUCUUGGCUGUUGUCCCAAACUACUAUAUGCAAUCAGCCCUGCUUCCAGCCUCUAUCCAAAAGGAAAUUGAUCAGAUCUCUCGUAACUUUAUUUGGGAAUCAGAGGCUGAGCAAAGGAAGAUUCACCUUGUCAAUUGGAACAUCGUAUCUAGCCCAAAGCAUUUGGGGGGUCUUGGACUAAAAAGUGCGAAAGAGGCUAACCUUGUUGCUAUACCAGUUGCCACUGGAUCUCCUGCAUGGAAAGCUAUAACUAAGGGCUUUGAUCUCUUCAGUUCAGGUCUGAAAUGGGUGCCUCAUACAGGCGCCAACAUUUCCUUUUGGACUGAUUGCUGGGCUACAGAGAUACCUCUCGCUUCUAUGGUGUAUGGUCCCCACCCAUUGGAUUACAAAUCUAUCACUGUCUCUGAUUUUUUCACUGCAGGUGGGCAGGCCCCAGACCUUAUCUCCUACUCUCUCCCUGAUGAGAUCUCCAAUAAGCUCAAAGCUACUCCUCGCUCUAUUGUCAGUGAAAGAGAAGACUCCUUUGCUUGGAAGGGAACUCCCAGAGGUGAAUUCACUGCUGCUUCUGCUUACUACCUCCUUAAAAACCAUUCUAUUUGCGUUAACAAAGAUUGGGAUUGGAUAUGGAAGCUUCCAACCAUCCCAAAAAUCCAACAUUUCUUUUGGCUGUUGGCUCACCAAAGACUCAAAUGCUUUAGCUUCUUGCAUCAUCUAAGCAUUUCUACAACUGCUACUUGUCCUCGCUGUCGCAAUGAGGAGGAAACAGUGGAGCAUCUUAUCCGGCGUUGUCCUUCCUCAACUGUUAUCCUCCAUGAUCUUUUCCCUAAUUCCCCAUCGCAGCAGCAGCAGCAGCAGCAAGAUCUGGACUUCAUUUCUUGGCUUAAAUUUAACUGUCAUUGUACGCUCAAGUCUGAAGUGAUGAACAUCCCUUGGAACAUUUUGUUUUGCUCUGCUAUUUGGGGAAUUUGGCUCCAUCGUAACCAAACUGUUCAUUCCCCCCACCCAUACCAGCUCAAUAUUCUGCGUAGCACUAUUACGGAAAGAGCUGCUGAAUUUUGGGCAUCUAUAAUCCCAAAAGCUUCUCGUACCUAUCAUGAGGAGAAUUUUAAAUGGGCUAAACCUCCCCCAAAUGUCAUCAAACUGAACACGGAUGGGUCGGCUAAAGGAAAUCCAGGUAUUUCAGCUGCUGGGGGUAUAUUUCGAGACCAUCAUGGCAACUGGAAGUUGGGUUAUGCUAGGAAAAUCGACUGGUCUAACUGCCUUGCAGCGGAACUCUGGGCUAUUAGAGACGGAUUACAACUGGCUAUUAUGCAUAACUUUUCUCAUAUUAUAGUGGAAUCUGACUCUCUUGUUGCUAUCCACCUUCUUCAUGAGCCCCCGCCUCCCUCUCACAAUCUCAGCCCUCUAAUUUUUGAUUGCAGGGAGUUGCUUCAACUAAUCCAUCAUGCUGAGCUCAAACACGUUGUCCGCGAGUCUAAUAUGGCUGCCGAUCAGAUGGCAAAGCUCGGACAUGGCAUUGAUCAGGAUUUUGUCACUUUUGAAAGCAUUCCUUUUUCUGUUAAGCAGUAUUGUAUUGCUGAUAUGAUGGGAAUUGAGUUUCCCCGUAUGUGUUGAACCAUUUCUUAUUAAUAUAUCUUCUCUUUACCCAAAAAAAAAAAGGGUAAGAAAUGGUUCGGUAAGUGUUAAUAACUUAAUAUUGUUGUG